ACUACACUAUAGACUACACUAAGUACAAGACUAUAGACUAAACAUAUAGUUCAAACUUUACCGACUGAAAACACUAAUGCAGACUGUAAACUUGACUAUUUAGAAUAAUUUAAUGUCGUUGAUUGACAUAACAAUAUACCCGAACCCUGCUCUGCACAAAAACCUAUUUAAUAAUCCAAACAUAAUAGAUAAAAACUAUAUACAAAAAAUUACUAAAAAAAGCUAGCAACAACAAUUUGUUAAAUAUUCAAUUUGUUAUCAAUUUAUUUUAUUAUAUAUUAAUAAUAUAUAAAAACAUUUCUUUCAUUCAUAUUCCCCUACUCUUAAGCCCUUCGAAAAAACGAAAACAAUGUUUAUUAUUUUUAUAUAAAAAAUCAAAAAUUAACAUUUUCCACCAAUUAAUUCGAAACUGUUGCUCAUUCAGAAAACAUAGUAAGUUCCCAGCUAAAAAAAGAAAAUAUAAAAUUUAAGAAAAUGUCUAUAAGACCCUUAAGUCCAGCCUUACAAAAAGUGGCCGUCGAAGAGUUGAAUGAAGAUCCUAAACGUAUAGAAUCUGAUUUGGCUGAUUUUAAAGCGUGGAUAGAGCAACAGCCACAUUUGAAAGCUCGUACUACAGAUCAAUUUUUAAUAGCUUUUCUUAGAGGCUGUAAAUAUAGUUUAGAAAAGGCUAAAUUGAAAUUAGAUAAUUAUUAUGCCUUAAAGGAAAAAUAUCCUGAUUUCUUAAAACGUCCCAAUUUUGAUGAUGAGAAAUUUCGUAAAUUAUUAAAAAUGGGUAUUAUACUAUAUCUGCCUACCCCUCUAACGGAGUCAGGACCUAGAGUGGUAUUAGUGCGUAAUGGAGCCUUCGAUCCUAGUGAAUUCUCCUUUUCGGAAGUAGCUCAAUAUCGCCAGUUGAUGCAAGAUAUUACCUUGGUGGAAGAUGAUGUGGCGGUUGUGGGAGGUUUAGUUUUUAUUAUGGAUUUUGCUGAUGUCUCAGCAGCUCAUCUAUUUCAAGCUAGCCCCGGUGCCAUGCGUAAAGUUUCUCAGUACUCGGAACAGGCCAUUCCGCUACGCAUUAAAGCUUCACAUUUCAUAGAUACACCCUCGGGAUUUGAGCCGGUAUUUAAUUUAAUAAAACCCAUUAUGCCCGAGAAAAUACAAAAGAGAAUGUUUGUCCACGGUUCAAAACGUGAGGAACUGUUUAAGAUUAUACCCAAAGAAAUUUUACCUGAAGAAUAUGGUGGCCUUAAUGGUAGUCUACAGAAUUUGAUAGAUAAAUGGGAAGAGAAAAUCUUAUCCUAUAGGGACUAUUUCAAAGAAGAUGAACAAUAUGGUGUAGAUGAAUCCUUGCGUAUUAAAGAAGUGGAAGUUACUGAUACGAAAUCAACAGAUAUGGGUUUGGUGGGCUCUUUUCGUAAAUUAGUGGUGGACUAAGAAGAAGUGGUUUUAUUUUGGUAUUUAGUAGAUUAAACAAAUUUUAUGUAUAAUUUAAGAAAAUAAAAUUGAA